AAUGUGAAAUUUAUUAUUGUAAGCGAGUGAUCUAACAUGGCUGCAUGUUAGUAACAAACUUUUCUUUAUUGUUUGCCAACGGUAUUUAAAAGAUUUAGUAGUGGUGUUUGGUAUUAAUAUCGAGCGACAUAUUUCUGAAUAGAAGUGGCACGAUUAUUAUUGAACGAGAUCAGUCCAAUUUCUCUACAAUCUCGUUGAAUUCUACGCCGGUUAGAGCAAAAUGCUACAAGAACAUCACCAUUUAUCACAAAAUGGAAUGCAGAGAAAUGCAAGGAUGGGUAUGCAACAAAUGGGGCCUCCUCCAAACCAAAGAUCACAGCCCAUGUUAAUGAGUAUCCAACAGCCUGUACCUGCUCCUCACACUGGUGUUCUUGUAUCAAUGCCUCAAGGACCUACUUUGAUCACUACCACAUCUAUUCCACAACAAGCUCAAAAACCUCCUGCUGGAAUGCAACAAGUUUUUCCAGUUUACCAUUAUGAGAAUGGAAUCCAGUCAGAAGUUAUUGAGCAACAGCCGCAGCAUACAGAGGUACAGCCUCAGAGCUCCCCAAACACUAAUACUUCUUCUGGGCCCGGUACUAAUUUGGCAAACAUAAAAGAAAAAACACCAAUGUGCUUGGUCAAUGAACUGGCCCGUUACAACAAAAUUCAACAUCAGUACCGACUGACAGGGGAACAAGGACCUGCUCAUAAAAAAACAUUCACCGUAACUUUAAAGCUUGGUAACGAGGAGUAUGAAGCUGAAGGACCAAGUAUCAAAAAAGCACAGCAUUCAGCUGCUGCUCAAGCUUUACUCAAAACUGAAUUCAAACAUCCACCUCCAAAAACAACAAGAAAUAGUCGUGUGGGUUUCAGGACCAGUAAUCAAGACGUUAUGACUCCAACAGUUGAAUUGAACGCUUUGGCUAUGAAGAGGGGGGAACGUCCUGUGUAUAUUAUUGAAAAUGGGACAGCACCUGCUCCGUAUCUACCUCAACCUAACUAUUAUCCACGCCAUAACAUGUACACUUCUCCACAAACUCGUUACGGUUUUGAUGGAAGACGGCCUGUAAGAGGCCACUAUCCUUCGUACCACGAUGGUCGUUAUUAUGGCCAGUAUCGUGCUGCGAUGGCUGCUACGAAUCCUGCUGCCGCCGGACCUCAAAACCAUGACCCCUGUACUGUAAGAUUGCAUGUAGGCGAAAGAGAAUAUCCAGGGGUAGGCUACUCCGUGCAGGCAGCCCGUCACGAUGCAGCUGCUAAGGCAAUCAAAGACAUCAAAUCGAUGGGUACAGAACCAGCGGAACAUAAUACUCUUGAGACUAUUACACCCGAAGCUGCUGUACCACCAGACCUCAACACCGAAUUGAAGUCUCCCAUCUCUUUAGUUCAUGAAAUUGCUCUCAAGAGAAACUUGAAUGUAACGUUUGAAGUUUUGAGUGAAAAAGGUCCACCACAUAUGAAAGUUUUUGUAACAAGAUGUCAUGUCGGUACUUUUGUCGCUGAAGGAGAAGGAAAUGGUAAGAAAAUUUCAAAGAAAAGGGCUGCUGAAAAAAUGCUUGAAGAACUGAUGAAAUUACCACCAUUGCCGCAAAUGUAUAAUAACAUCAUGAAAAUGAAACGUAAACGAAUGACCAACAAGAAGAAAACUCGAAAUUUGAUCAAGAUGAAUGUCGAUAAGACAACUGAAACAGUGGAAGAAAUUAAUCCUAUUUCUCGUCUUAUCCAGAUUCAGCAAGCUAAUAAGGAAAGGGAACCGGUUUAUACUGUUCUAGAAGAACGUGGUGCAGCAAGACGCAGGGAAUUUGUAAUCGAGGCAUCAGUUAAUGGUCAUUCAUGCACUGGUGUCGGACCAAACAAAAAGGUUGCCAAGAGAAAUGCCGCCGAAGCACUAUUGAUAGCUUUGGGUUAUACUUCUGUGAAUUCAAAGCCUUCGAAAGUGGACAAAGAAGUGGAUUCCGAAAAAGGGCGUAAAGUCACUUUCAUGGAGGAAAAACCCGAAUCAUCUCAAGUCCAAGUUGGCGGUAGUGGAGGUCGCCAGCUAGUACCUGGAUUGCUUCUCGUAGGUCCCCAAGGUGAACAGUUUCAACAGAAAAAGGAUGGUAUACAAAUUAAUCCCGAAACAAAACGGAACAUACCGCCCCCAACCACUCAGGGUGGGGUUAGGUCCAAAGAUCAAUUGCUGUAUCUUGCUCAGCUAAUGAAUAUUCAGGUUCAAUUUUCAGAUUUCCCUAAAGCUAAUCACGAAAUGUACUUGACUCUGGUUUCUCUGAGUACAAAUCCACCCCAAGUUUGCCAUGGUGAAGGCCCGACCACUGAGGCUUCUCAUGAGAAAGCUGCUCUGGAAGCUUUAAAGGUGCUUUCUGAACUUGGUUUAGACAUCGUUAAUCCUACCAAAGAUAACUCUGAAAGUGGUAAAGGGGCCAUGAAUCAAAACGCAGUCAAGAAGUAAACUUGAAUUAUCUUGCACUAGUUUCAUUCCACUCCUUAUUUUGACUUAACGACAUUCUUGACGUCGAUAUGGCCAUAAGUCAUAAUAACUAAGAAUUAUUCCUCUGAAGUUAUUUUAUGUGACUUCAUUUCGAUGAUGUUAUAUGAAAUAUUGUGACAGUAAUUCUGGUUAUUGCUUGUAUUAUUGUUUUUUAAUUUUUCCGUGCUGCCCAUUCUCGUUUUUGUGGGCCAAAAACGAUUUAGGGAAAACAAGGUAGUUCAGAAUUAGCUAUAAUCUUUCGUAUCAUAUUUUAGAUUUAUGUGUUGUUUUUGGGUGCAGCACAAAAAAAAAAUCUUCAUCCUCAUUUCACAAAAAAACUUACCCAAAUUCUUCUCUAGGCCGAUUAUAAAAUGAAAUUGUAAAAACUAUUGAAAUUUUAAAGAUUUCAAUGCUUGUAUUAUUUUUUAUGCUGUAUGCCCGUGAUCACAUCGCAAAGUAUUUAUUGAAUUGUCCUAAUUCUGAUCUGCUAAAAAGGUUUUUCAUGUGUUUGGUAAAUUGAUUUCAUAAUUCAUAAGCAAGGAAGCUCCAACUAUUGGAUUUUUUUUUUAUUAACCAAUUUUAAUAAUAUACAUAUAUAUUACAUAAUUGUGAGCAUUUAGAAUAAUUCUUCGAUUGGACCAAAUCAUCAAUGAUGAUGCAUUGUAUUGGAAAUUAUUUCUUUCUGCCAAUGAAAUCCUGGAAAGUCUUAUUUUAUUAUGAUUUGAAUAUUAUUAUUCAAUUGGAAUAUAUUUUUAUUGCUAAUUCAAGAAGUGUUUUCUUAUUGAUGUAUAUUUUUCUUUGAUUUAUUUAUUUGUAUUUUUUUUUUCAUUGGCUAGUUCAAAAUGAUGACGAUCAAUGUUUUAUAAUGAGGUCUUGCGAAGAAUUUUUAGAAGUCCCAUUACUACUAAUUUAGUAACUAUUGAAUUGGUGUCCAUCAUAAGAAUUACACUCGAUAUUUCGAAUUUAGAUUUUUGUGCUAUGUAUAUAAGUAUAGUGUGUCCACAAUUUAAAUUAUUUUGGAAAACUAAAUAUCGAAAUACAAUACUUUCAUUUACUUUUUUGGUAAGCCUUGAUACUAAAAAAAUCAAUUGAACUUUCAGUUUUGAUCUGUAGUAUUUAUGAUGAAUUCCUGAAUUAUUAUACAACAUGAUUAUUUUGGUGUAUAUAAACAUAGUUGUAUUUCACAAAUAUUUCAUAAUUAUAAUCGAUACUUGAAUGUUGAAAUCAAUAAACAACCACAAUUA